UAAUAUGAUAUAUGAAUAAUUUUAUUCAUUUAUCAUUAAUUGGUAAUUGGUGAUGUAAUGAAUUUGAAUUCAAUUUUUUCAUCAUACCCAGUUCUCGACAUUCACGUAUUAUUAUUAUUUACUAUUUAGACUGGUCUGCUUCAUUCACAGCCUGUAGUGUCGGCUCAACAAUCUGAGAUUUGUUCGUUUGUGCAUUUAUUUGACAUAAAUGUGUAUUGUUGCUAGAUCCAUCAAUGAAGGAACGAUUGUUACAAUGGUUCGUUCUCGUAAUGGUGAUUGCCUCUGUUGUUGGCGGAGAGAAAAGAAAUUCUAAAGAUGACGAGGAUGACAGUUAUGAUCUAAGGACCAACGAUGUAGAUGAACAUGAUGAUGCUACCAACCGUAUGCUGCAGCUCAUCAAUAAUGCUGCCAUGAAAAUUGUUGAUGCUCCAGAUUUAUCAAAGGAAAAAUCUUCUGAUCAGUCUCAAGAACAAUUAAAAACAGAAGAUUUAGAUGCCACUGAUAAUUUACAGCUAGUUAAAUUUCCAACAGUUGGUUUGUUUAACUACUGGGCAGAUAUGUCAAAUGAUGACAUUAGUGUACAACAUAUGAAAAUCGAUGAUGAUAUUGAUGAUGACAUUGAUGUUACGGAUUGGAAGGAACCAGUUAGAGAUCCUCCGAGUUCGUCCAGAGAAGAAGAAGCGGAACAAUUAUAUCAGGCUGGUUUGAAAAAAUUGAAAUCAACCCUUGGUGAUCAUUUAGAUGCUUAUGAAUACUUCUACAGAGCUCAAACAUUAGACCACGAAGAAGCAAAAGCAAAAUUUGCUUUCGCUCUCUUAUUUGGCUUGAAAUACACUCAAAAUAUUCCCAAAGCAUAUGAAAUAUUCAAUGAAUUAUCAAAAAAAGGAAAUCCAGAUGCUCAUUUGGGUAUGGGCUUCUUGUAUGCUGUUGGAUUACACCUUCCUGUGAGUCAGCCAAAAGCACUUGUACAUUAUGUUAUGGCUGCAGUAGGCGGUAAUGUAUUGGCCCAAUUAGCAUUGGGAUACCGAUAUUUUGCUGGAGCCACAGUGGCAUAUAGUUGUGAAAAGUCAUUGGAAUACUAUCGAGCAGUUGCAAACAAUGUGGCAAACGAGUUAUCUUUAUCUGGUGGACCGCUCGUGCAACGUAUAAAGUUAAUGGAGGAAAUGGACAAUCCAAAUUAUAAUAGUGGAAUUGUAGAUUCUGAUUUGUUAGACUAUUAUAAAAUGUUAGCUAAUAAAGGAGAUGCUCAAGCUCAAGUUGGAUUAGGCCAGUUAUAUUUACAAGGUGGUAGAGGUGUACCAAUCGAUAUACAAACUGCUUAUUAUUAUUUUCAAAGAGCUGCCGAGAAUGGUAAUGGUCUUGCAUAUGGUUUUCUUGGAAAGAUAUUUUUGGAAGAGCGAGAUGAUGUUAAACCUGAUUAUGAAAAAGCUCAUGAAUAUUUUUAUAAAGCUGCAAAAUUGAAAAAUCCAGUUGGUCAGAGUGGUCUUGGUUAUAUGUAUUUGCAUGGUCUCAAUGUAGCUCAGGAUUAUUCAGAAGCCUUAAAUUGGUUUACCCUGGCUGCUGAACAAGGUUGGGUUGAAGGACAUUUAUAUGUGGGAAUCAUCUAUUACAAGGGAUUGGGCGUAAAACGAGAUUAUAAAUUGGCAGUUAAAAAUUUUGGCUUGGCAUCUAAAUCUGGUAAUCUGUUGGCUUACUUCAAUAUGGCACAAAUGCAUGCAUCUGGUAUUGGCGUACUGCGUUCCUGUACAACUGCUUUAGAGUUAUUCAAAAACGUCGCAGAACGUGGUAAAUGGGGUGGAUAUUUAAUGCACGCUUACAAUUCAUAUAAAGAAAAUCAAUUUGAAGAGUCGUUUGUUUUAUAUUCUUUCUUGGCUGAAAUGGGGUAUGAGGUAGCACAAAGCAAUACUGGUUUCAUAUUAGAUAGAGGAGAUGUUAACAUCUGGGAAACUGAAAAAGAACGCUAUGUCCGUGCAAUGAUGUAUUGGAGUAGAUCAGCUGCUCAAGGGUAUGCAGCGGCACAGUUGAAACUGGGAGAUUAUCAUUAUUAUGGUCUCGGGACCAAAAUAGACUUUGAGCUAGCUGCUAAUCAUUAUCGACAGGCAUCUGAGCAACAUCACAAUGCCCAGGCAAUGUUCAAUUUGGGUUAUAUGCACGAAAUGGGCUUAGGAAUGGAACAAGACAUCCAUUUGGCAAAACGAUGUUACGAUAUGGCUGCAGAAACUAGUCUAGAUGCAAAAGUGCCUGUAUUUUUAGCCUUAACUAAACUUAAUCUAUUUCACAUGGUAAACGAUUAUUACACUGAAUUUCUAAAUUUUAUUAAUGUUCUUUCAAAUGAUGUUGCUGAGCCAAUGGGUUUCAAUUGGGAUUUAUAUUUGAUAGCCGUACUGUUUGCAUUACUUUCCUACAUAAUAUAUUUGCGAAGACCUAAUAGGCAACCACAAAAUGUGUAAAAACACAACAAUAUAUAUUAUUUUUCAUUAAUUUUUUUACACAAAAUAAUAAUUAUUAAAAAACCUUGGAAGACUGUACAGUACUUGUUAAAAUAAAUAUAUAUAUAUAAUAUAUAUUAAUUAUAUUUUUGUUCUCUGUAUUUGCUUACAACACUGAUGCAAUUAUGUGUUUAAUUAUUAUUUUGGUAGACUAAUGAUUUAAAAUUCAAGUCCGUAAAUUAAACAUUAAAGUUCAGAAGAAAUAAAAUGUAGUAAUUACUCAGAAUACUUUAUUAUUCUGGUUAUAUUGGUGAUUUAUAGUGAUUAUUAUUAUUUAUUAAUUAUAUUUUAUUUGUUGAAAAAUCGUUAUUAUUUCCAUUGCAGUGAAUUAUAAAAUAUUUCUAUGCUGUAAGACGGUUAAUUUAAUUUUUUUUUUUGAGGUGACUGAAUUAUUAUUAUUUAUUUGUGUUAUUUAUUCUUUAAAAUUUUACAUUCCUGUUCUGUGAAUAUUAAAUGAUUCCUUAAUUAUUAUCAAACAGUUAAAUAGUGAUCAGUAAUGACACAUUUCAUUAAUAUUAGUAUACAAUUUGUGUUUUAAACUAGAAAGAAAAACUAUUGUACCAAGUUUAGAAGCAACUUAAAAACCUCAUUUUAUGGUUAUAAAUUACGUUUAAUAUAACAUAAAAGAAAAUUAAUGUAAAUGUACCUAUUAAUAUAAAUGUUAACAAUAUAAUUUAUACUUAAAAAGAAUCUAUGCAUUUUUUUUUCAUAUAAUAUGUAUAGACUAACUAUAUAACAAUACCUUCCUACCUUUUAAAUUCUAUGAUGUAAAUAAAAUAAUACAAAUUAGCUUAUGUCUACAACAUUAAUAAAUAUUGAAUAUAUAGUAUUCAAUAUAUCACGGAUAUUAAGUGUUAAAUAUUAUUUUGCAUACUCCGUGAUCGAAAGCCUUUGUUGGUUAAAGAUUGUGCUACAUUGUACUGAAUUUUAAUGUAUUUUAAUAUGUAUUGAAUUAAUAUUGUAUUUAGUGUUUGUAAAUAUGCUUUAAAUGUUGUAUAUGAGUAAUGAUAUUUUGUUGUAUAUUAAACUAAUAUUAAAUUAUAAAAAA